AUGGCCUCGCUCGGCUCAGACAUGCUGGACGCGUUCGUUCGGUCCAUUCUCAUUAACCGCAAUAACAGGCUCGCUGCUCCCAUAUAUUGA